AGCAAUUGCUGGUUGGACUGAAAGACAAAGACACUAUUGUCAGGUGGUCUGCAGCAAAAGGAAUUGGUAGAAUAACUGGAAGACUUCCAAAAGAAUUAGCAGAUGAUGUGAUCGGGUCUCUGCUGGACUGUUUUAGUUUCCAGGAAACAGAUAAUGCGUGGCAUGGUGGAUGCCUGGCUCUGGCUGAAUUAGGCAGAAGAGGAUUGUUACUCCCUUCCCGCAUUUCAGAUGUUGUUCCUGUCAUUUUGAAAGCCCUGACGUACGAUGAGAAGAGGGGGGCAUGCAGUGUGGGUUCCAACGUGAGAGAUGCAGCGUGCUAUGUGUGCUGGGCCUUUGCUCGUGCUUACGAUCCUGCGGAACUCAUACCGUUCAUUAAUCAGAUUUCAAGUGCAUUGGUUAUUGCUGCAGUAUUUGAUCGUGACGUUAAUUGCAGAAGAGCUGCUUCUGCUGCCUUCCAGGAGAAUGUUGGGAGACAGGGCACUUUUCCACAUGGCAUAGACAUUCUAACUGCAGCCGAUUAUUUUGCUGUUGGUAACAGAGUUAACUGUUAUCUGACUAUAAGUGUGUAUAUUGCUGGCUUUCCGGAGUAUACGCAGCCAAUGAUCGAUCAUCUAGUCAACAUGAAGAUUAACCACUGGGAUAGUGUUAUUCGAGAACUUUCAACGAAAGCUCUGCAUAACCUUACUCCACGGGCUCCUGAGUACAUGGCAGAUGUGGUUUUGCCAAGACUUCUGCCUUUAUCAGUGGGCACAGACCUGCACACACGCCAUGGGGCAAUUCUUGCCUGUGCUGAGAUCACCCAUGCACUGUGUAAACUAGCAGAAGAGAACAAUAGAUCUAUAACACAUUAUUUCAGUGAAAAAUCAUUGGAGGGACUUAAGCAAAUCCAUCAAGAGCUUUGCAGUCGUCAAUUGUACAGGGGUUUAGGUGGAGAACUGAUGAGGCCAGCCGUCUGCACUUUAAUCGAAAAGUUGUCGCUAUCAAAAAUGCCAUUUAGAGGAGAUCCAAUAAUCGGUGGCUGGCAGUGGUUAAUAAAUGACAGUCUAAGAAGCCUCCCUCUCAUUUCAACUGCUGCACGGCAGCAUAUAAAGGAGUCUGCAGUCUCUGCACUGGCUGCGCUGUGUAAUGAAUAUUACAUCAAUGCAAAGGGAGAAGCUGAUCCAGCUCUACGGGAUGAGCUGGUGACACAGUACGUUUCAGAACUACAAAACACAGAGGAAAUGAUUCGUUGUGGCUUUUCACGAGCUCUUGGGGCCCUUCCAAGAUUUCUGCUGAAGGGCUGUCUCCGCCAGGUUUUGGAAGGUUUGAAAAAAGUUACCUUAAUUUCCCCUGCAGACGUGAGCUUUGCAGAAUCCAGAAGAGAUGCCCUAAUAGCAAUUGCAAAGGUUUGCCAGACAGUUGGUGUAAAGGGAGAAGGAUCCCAGGAAGAAUAUGUCUGCAAAGAUAACGUUAAUCAGAUUUAUGCUACACUACUUAAUGGUGUGACUGACUACACCACGGACAGCCGAGGAGAUGUCGGAGGAUGGGUGCGUGAAGCUGCUAUGACCAGUUUAAUGGAAGUGACGCUUCUGCUGGUUCAGAACGAAGCGGAGUUAAUCAAUGCCAACGUCUGCAAACAGAUUAUGUGCUGGCUGGCUCAACAGUCGGCUGAAAAAAUAGAUAAAUUUCGAGCUCAUGCAGGAUCUGUGUUCCUUACACUUUUGCAUUUUGACCAUCCUCCAGUUCCACACAUACCCCAUCGAGAAGAGCUAGAGAGGAUAUUUCCAAGGUCAGAGAAAGAGACUCUAAACUGGAAUGCCGCGUCAGCAGCUUUCCCUCGAAUCACCCGGCUUUUGGGUUUGCCGACAUACCAGUACUACGUGCUUUUGGGUCUCUCUGUGUCCGUGGGUGGAUUAACAGAGACAACGGUAAGGAGGCAGAGCGCCUUUCCCCCGUGGUGGGAGUGCACUUACUGA